UUGCAGGCAAUCCAGCAGGAAAAAUAGCCUCGUCCGCAGCGGGCUUUAUCUCUGAAACGCGAUUGGUCGGCGCCGCGGGCGAGGGGCCAAUCGCUGGCCUCGACUGGCGCGGCGAGCGGUUGCGGUGCCGAAUGCGCCAGAUGUCGAGCCCGUCGCCGAUCCGAGAUCGCGGGGCGCGCUGCGCAAUGUUUUCCCUCCGCAGUGGUCGCACGUACGAUUGUUUAUCCGCCAUUUUGUUCUGCCGUCGUACGCGCAGUUUUCGGCACGGUGGUCCACUUUUAAGAUGCGCACGGGCCGCUGAGGCGAUUCGGAUCGCGCACCGCUGCCCUCUCGCCGAUCUGCCGUAACGCUCGCGCGGGAGUAUCGUCGCCCGGAGGACGCGAGAGGACCGUUCUCUCGCGACGCAGCCGUGAUGGCAACCCGUGACAAGUUACGUCCGACCCAACUUUCCUGACUUUUGAGGCCAGAUGACGAUUACUAAAUAAAACGGACGAUUCUCGCCUCCGUUCGUCACAAUGUCAGGGCAGAGUGGUGGACAUCGAGUGUGCCUGGCCAAACUUAACGAACAGCUGACGUGCAAAUUAUGCGGCGGCUAUUUCAUCGACGCGACCACCAUCAUAGAAUGCUUACACUCGUUUUGCCGAAGUUGCAUUGUUAAAUAUCUGGCGAAUAACAAGUAUUGUCCGAUCUGCGAGGUACAGGUUCACAAAAGUAGGCCGCUGUUAAAUAUACGCCCCGACCGUAUGUUACAGGACAUUGUUUACAAACUGGUACCUGGAUGUUAUCAAAACGAGAUGCGAUGUCGGAAGGAAUUUUAUGCGAAGCAUCCGGAGGCGUGCAAUCAAGCGUUCUCUCCGGAGGCUCGCGGGGAGCCCGUGAACUCUUACAUAUACUCCCCGGAUGAAUCUCUCAGCUUGUCCCUGGAAUACUUUAACCCUCGCACGAAAGAGGAGACGAACGCCGGGAAAUCCCUUUUGAGGCGAUACUUUCGGUGUCCCGCGGCAGUUACAGUAUUCCAUUUACAAAAAUUAAUAAGGGCCAAGUACGGCCUUGGUGAUGCAAACAAAGUCGAUAUAUUGUACGAGGAGAAACCGUUGUGCAGUAGUUACUCGUUAAUGGACGUGAUGUAUAUCUAUCAUUGGAGGCAGAAAGUGCCGUUACAUUUAAGCUAUAGGAUAUUUGAAACGUCGUCGAAACGCUUGAAAUUAUCGGAGGACAAUGCAAACUACAAGCAGUCACUGAUGGACGCUGGUAUUGAUUCCAUAGAGCUGAAGGAUGAGAAAUCGUUGAAGCGCGAGUGGAAAGAGGUGCAAUUAAAAAUAUCGGAGACGGGUGUGAUGAGCAUAACGGAUAUAUCGAGUACGGUGCACAAAAGGGACGCGGGAGUCGAGGGUUUGGAGGAUGAGAAAACCGCCGGGGAGGAGACUAUAACUUCCAUUGCGGAAAUUAAGGCGGACGCGGUGAAAAUAGAAAAUUGCGGUGUAUCGAAAUCCUCCGUAGAAAUAAUGCCGUCUACCCUGAUUAUCGACACGCCUUUGACAAAAAACCCAAUAUUUUCUGACUCGAGCAACGCGUUCCUCGUUGCGAACGACAUCAAGUUUACGAGCGACGGUUUAUCGGCUAAUUCCAAUUGCAUGUCGCCGACUAAUCAGUACAACGGGACCGCGACGAGGCAGACGAGCGAGACGAGAAAUUGCGCCGCUUCCGCGAAGUUGCAACAGGACGCGCAAGAAGUGAAGGUCCACAAUCAAACUGUUAACGCCGAGGCUAAGUCUGAGGCGGUUUCGCAAGGGCAAAAGGGCAUCGGUCACUCGGCGACACAAUUUACCGAAGAGAGCGUAGUCGUUACCGAAGAUACGGAAAAGAUGGAUGCACACGCGAAAAAGGUGUCGAUAAAUAACAACAACAAUAAUGCAGAUUUCCAGGCUGAGGCUCAGAAGGAAUGCAUAAAAAGCUCGAACGAGGCGAAAGUGGGGGGCGCCGGGUCGAAAAUUGACGCGUUGAGCGUGAAAUUGCAAUUUCAACCGAAAAUGGGUCAAGUUAAUAACACGUACUCCAAGAGAGCGUCGAAGGAAAAGCGAGCGACUCUUCAGCAGAGCGCGAAGAAAUCCGACGUAAAGUCCUCGGCCGAAGAUGCAAAGCUCGCGGACGCGAAAGCGCAAACCAACUGUGGAAAUGUAACGGGCAAGGUGCCAGUCUCGACGGCGACUCCGCAAAAGUCGGCUGCGCCCGCGCUGGCGUCUCAGAGUGUCUCGGACUCUUCGUCCGGCUCUGACAAGCAAAGAGCUGCCGACGAGAGGGAUAAUCAAAGUAUAAACAUCGAUCUGCAGCAGGCUUUGAAUUUGCUGGAACAGAGGAACUCGCCCGUGCAAGCGUCAGCGGAAUCUGUCCCGAGGACGAGUCACGUCGCCGGUCUGGUCAAUCAGAGAUUGCAGGGCAACAAUGUAGCCGCGACGAGCGAGGAUCUCGCGUCCACCGCGGCGAACGUUUCCACGUCCACGAUCAGUCAGACAACGUCGACGUUUCCCUACAUGUUCCACGACAUCGUGACCAACUCGGCCGUCCUGAAGUCGGCGCUAAAAAACUCGAGCGGCGUACCUCAGAAACCGAUACUGGGAACGUCGCCUGUCGCUUGUUCAACGUCCAACAAUCAAAUGGCCCCGAUGCCUCAGUUCCACAUGCAAACGUCAGCCAUAAACGUGUACCCCGUACCUACGUCGCUGAAGAACAGCUACGGCCACGUGGGCAGUCAGGACGUCACCACCGUGACGGCCGCGUCGAUGGCGAUGAUGACGACAACGGCGAUGUCGAAAGUGACGUCGGCCGGCGCGUGCCCGAUACCUCCGUGUCCGGACGCGAUCCCCAUAUCGCUGAUGAAGCAGAUGUCCAUGCGCAAGCAGGACGCGACCGCGAAGGGUACGAAUCUGAACGAGAUCUGCGCCAAGAUCGGUUCUGGCACGACCGGCUCGAAGAUCAACGACAUCUGCGCGAAGAUAGGGGAGAACUCGAAGGAGAAAAGCAGACUGGACACGCACGGUAAACCGGAUGUGCCGGAUCUCCUUAGAAUAAGCGCGAGGAAGAACCCAUCGCCGUUGCUGCCCAACUCGGAUACGUCGAUCAAGCGCAUACCGAACAUCCCGAACGUACCAGUGUACACGCCGAGCGGCAACGCGGCGGCGGCGGCGGCGGCGACGAUGGAGAACAAGAGCGCUAAGUCUGUCUUACCCGCGUCGACGUCCGCCGGCGCCGCGGUUUCGACGUCGUCGCCGUCAGCACCGGCGUCGUCGGUCCACGUGGCCCAGAGAUUGCCGCCCCUGAGGAGGCAGGGCCAGCCGAUCGGCUACAAGACGCUGCGCGACCCGCCCAAGUCCUGGAAUCCCACGUUGUCGAGGAACAACUACGUGGCGGCGAAGAACCAGGCGAAGGAGAUGCAGAAUCAGAUGCAGACCAUGUCCGAGGGCGCGAAGCAGAUCCCGUCUAAGCCGGCCAAGAUCUUCAAGAUGCGAAACAUGCCGCGGUACCUGGGCAAUCCCGCGUCCGGCGUCAAGCCCAUGUACGGGGUGGCGAACGAGAAGGAGAAGGAGCAGCCGGCGGUGAACGCAAAGGGCGCUACGCUCAGCAUGAUGAAGAUCGACCCCAAGACCCUGUCGCCUAUCGUCUCGACGAUCAGCUCGCCGAUCGUCUCGCCGCCGCUCUACUCGCCGAACGUGCGCGGCUACCAGAACGCCCCGUUCUCGCGCGACAUAUGCCGCAACACCGGCUCGCCCAUCUCGCCACGGAACUCGCCGGUGAAUAUGCUCUCGACCAAUCCGUUCAUACCGUCGCCCACACCGAACACGAAUCCGCGGAUCAUAUACUCCCACUUCCCGCCCCCGUUUCCAGACGUCAGAUUCUCGAAUCCCCUGAUACGGUCGCCCAUCGGCAUGCCGCCUCCCAGUGCCUUCCACAACAGUCUACCUGCGAUCACGAAGCUGUAUCAGCGCCCGAGUUACAUACCGCAGACUACCGGAUACGUGCCGGUGGUCUGUCAGCCGCCGACGGUGCAGAGAAUACCGCCCAGCACGCACUCGUCCUCGCCCAAAUCGCCCAAGGCCUCGUCGCCGAUCUCGUCCGCGUCCUUCAAUCUCGCCAAGGCGGAGUCGCAGCCGCCGAUUACGUCGACGGUGGACAGCGUCGCGCUACUUCUCUCCAAGAGCGUGGCGGUGCCGGUGUCGGUGUCGGUGCCGAUGCCGGUACCGGUGCCCGUGCCGGUACCCGUGCCCGUGUCUGUGUCGCUGCAACGGGAGCUCAACGCGUUCAACUUGUCCAAGACCGGCGGCGUGUCGCCAAGCGCGAGCGCGAACGUCAAAACGUCACCCACGAAAGACACCGACGUCGAGACGCAGCUCGUCAAGCCAAACUCCUCCUCGACGCCGCUGAAUCCGCCGGCGACCGCGACGAGCGUGGAGACAGCCGAGAAUUCGAGCGCGUCGAGCGGCGCCGGUGAACGAAAGCAGGGCAAAGAGACGGAGGGCGUGCGAAAGGCACAGGAGGCCGCGCGGUCUAAGGAAGACGGUACCAAGGCGAAGCUGGCGGAGACCAAGUGUGGCGCCGAGGUCGCCGACAACACCUCGGGCCUGCACGACAAAAGGGAGAAGAGCCAAGCGGCCAAGAUCAACGGCGAUGUCACGACGGAGCAAUUGGCGAGUAAGAAAGCCAAGGACAGCGACGAGACGGCGACGACGGCAGAGACGGCCGAACGAGACGGUCAGGCGGAGCGGUCCUCGUCCAAAGAACGGAACAGCAUCCCGAGGAGCAACGCUCAAGCCAGUGUCAACGACUCGCCGGUGGACGACUCCAAAAGCGCGGAUCUCGGCAAGAGCGGUGAGCAGCUACAGGGUAAUAAAUCUGAAGUACAAAAAAGUAAGGUGGAGACGUGAUCGUGAGACAAGAGGAUCGAUCGUCCCUAGAUGCGAGUCGUGAAAGGUUCUUACUACUGUGUAUUUGCAUUUAAUUCGGCACAGUGCGGCUUGAGUGUAGGACGAAUCCCGUACGAGCUCUUGUACACGGCCCAUGUUCUGAUGUUUACUGCAAGUAAUUGUAACGGACCGUCUACAUUGGAAGUAAGCAGUAAGAAGUAAGAGUACCCAUAAUCUUUACCCUUCGGUGUAAAAGCUAAAAUACAAGCAUAAUUUUGUUUAAAUAUUUGUAGCACUGGCCGGACCAACUGGCCGGCUCUUGGAGCGCUGAGAGUAAGAAGAGCGUCAGAGCUGAAGUAUAGGAGUAAAAUAAUACAAAUGAUUCAUUUCCUUACCUCCUACUCUUACUUCUUACUACCUGUAUUAAGCUAGCAAGUUUUAAGACUCCAUCGCCUCGACGUGAAAACAGUUUAUCCCUCUUCAAAUUAAUAAAUAGCUAGGUGGAUAUUAUGGUAUUCCUUGUCUUUAUGUCAACAACUAAUAGCUCAAUUGACUUUUGUAUCUAUUUGUAUGCUGAUCAAGGCACUGUGUUAUUGAAACGCGUACAUGGAAAUUUUAUUUUUUAAAUAUUAAAAUUAUGACUUGUUAACGAACACCUUUUUGCUCGUAAUAGGUGGUAAACUUAAUUCCUGCCGUUGUUUUCGUCUCCAAAAUUAAUUUGUUUCGAAGGGAAGCUGAAUGAACCUCGUGAAUGAAAGUAAUUUCCUCCACUUUCUACUACUUUUUCCCAUCUCUCCGGCAACAGGGCAAUCCCACGACGGUAGAACGCGAUGUCUUUCGAGGCGAUCCAUUCAUCCACCCAUUUAUGGACUUCUUCGUAACUGGGGAAGUGUGUGUCCGUAAGUGCGUGUUGCAUAUCGACCGGAAGAGUUGGUAAUACGACGGUAUAUUGGCCGUUGACCCCAUACAUUUUAUAAAUUGAUUCAGUUGGGGGUUGUUUGAAGCAGAAGAGAUGAAUAUAUUAACCUUGAGGUUUUUUUUUGGUGGCACAAAUUAGUACAGAUUUAGUCUGUUGCAUGUCUACCUGGGGAUUUUUUAUUUCUUUUUUUUUGGUGGUCUUACUAGCUUAACGUUAAGGUAGUAGCUCCACGGUUUUUUUUUAAUGGCACGGGAUACAAAAUUAUUAUUAGUGGUACAAAUUAGUGCAAAAUGGGUACUAAAUUAUCUGAUGGGUUCGGUUUGGUUUUGCUGGUCCUGCUAGCUUAAUUAAGGGUAGACUUACUUCAUGCAGAUGAUCCUUAACAUUUCCAACUGCACGGUUCAGCGCGCGUGUAUGUAUACAUACUGUACAAAUACGUAUACACACACACAUACGCACUUGGAUAUUUAUUUAAAAAGUGUGCACGCAAUAACCGCGCGCAUUACGAAAAAUGUCAGAAGAUACGCUGGUUAUGAGGCUGGAUGAUAAGUUUUUACAACGUGUGCGUCAUGUAAGGAGCGAAAGGGCACUUAUGACCAUUGUUGAAGAUGUUUCACGGCGUGUUAGGAAUCUGUAUAUAUCUGUAAAUAACGAUCGCGAAAGAUCUAAUUAUUUUCUAUUAUGGAUGAGUUAUUACGACAACUAUGUUGAAUAUAUUAUUUUAUAGGUGUACGUUGAUAUUAUAAUUACGAGGUCGUCUGAAUUUCCGCAUAUCUAACACCGACGUUAAUGUCAACGACGCUGACGAUGUUAAUCCUCCAUUGUUAUUGUACUUGCAUAUAUGUAUGGAUGUGUAUACACGGUGUAUCCCACUUUUAUAUUGCAUACGUCUCUUCUUUUAUUAUUAUUUUUUUCUUUCAAAUCAAUUCCGAACUAAUUUUUCUUUAAUUAUACGUGAUUCUGCUAUUUAACAGAACAAGGAAUAUUAUUCGGCUGGAGCUUUGUUAUUAAACUCUUUGCCACGCGAUCUUUAACAGUUCUAUUGUAUAACAUUGCACAAUAGAUUUGUUAAAAGAUCUUUUAUCAAAAUAUAUGGAAUUAUUUUGUUACACGUGUGUGAAGAAGAGAAGAGCGAAAUAUGUUUUCAAGUGGGACACGGUCUCUACGUCAUUUUUUUUUCUUCGUUACACAUAUUACAUAUUGCAAUAUAGCGAAGCGUAUAUAUAUUUUUCACAGAUACGAAUACAAGUUGUGCACUGAGCACUUGGCAAACAGGUUUAUCAUUAAAGUUAUAUAUUUAAAUCAACUAUAUGAUUUGUAUCUCUUAGCGCAUAUGCUUGCUGUUAAUUUGUUAAUAGCAUUAUAUAUUAAUAACAUAUGGUAUGCGUUCUUGUGCAUAUUAAACGGAUGCAAGUUAUUCCUUAGCGUUAAGUAACAAAAAGUGUUGCAAUCACUUUUUCGAUAAAUAAUGUAAUUAUGGAAGAAAAUGCAUGUUUAUGGAACGUAAACAGGUAUAAUUAUUCAUAGUAGAAAGAGAGUACUCAUACACACGAGCACAUAGAUACGUGUAUAAAAAAGUAUUAAGUAUAGUUGAUCUAAUUAAAUUAAUAAUAAUGUUACCUAAAUUUAAAUUAUA